GGAGAAAUCUGAUCCGAUUGCAGCGUCGCAUCACGUCUGUCCAGCUAAGCUGUACACCAUGCCAUAUAUCGCGUAUUAUACCGGCAUCGGUAUCCAAUAUAUCACACUUUUGCGCCGGGGCUAUCGAGUGUAUGCCGAUGAUGCAAUCAACUUGUAAAAUAUUUAUUUGUGCUGACAAUCGGUGAUAUGUCGUCGAUGGAGAGCGGCAGGCGAGAUGAUUCAUUGUUAACCUCCCGUAUGUUCACCCGCUAAAUCCACGUUGUUGACAGAAUGUCUUUGCCUGAUUAUUGGUGUGUGUACCUUGAUUUUUCCAUCUCCCCACUGUGUGGUGUAUAGUAUUAUACGCGUGUGUUAUGAUUCGAAUUAUGGACGUGGACGUCGUGCGUGGCUCCGCCUUUUGGCGUUUAUUAAUAAUCAUAUGCAAAUGCCGGCGCGAUAUCCGCUGGACGUAUAUAAAUCCACCGGCACAUGGACAGUUAUUCGGUAGCAUUCGUGUUCAGCGAUUUCUUUUGUUCCGUAUACGUAUUUCCCACGUGUGCACAAGAGAGCGUGUGUAGUGUGUGAGUGUGUGUAUACGCUAGACUGAUUUGAUUGUUUGUUAAUCUAUACCGUGUAUACGGAUUACAAAAGGAAUACCGGUCGUGUGCAGUUAGAGAGCUGAUCGAGAUCGCGUUUCACCAUGAAGAUCCCGGUUUGUUCCGUUGUCCUCCUGACCGUCAACUGGGUCGUAGCACACAAUCUGGAUAAACGCCAAGCUCUGAACCCCCAAAACCCCGGCGUCUGGCAGGCCCUGGAUCAGCUGCGCGGCAGCUCCGCCCCCUCCGCCGCCGACAUCCAGCGGAUAAUGGCCAACGCCGUGCCCGGUCGGGAUUAUCCCAUGUUAGCCUACAUUCCCCAGACGACGUUCAGCUGCUCCAAUGUCCGCCAGCCGGGCUUCUACGCCGAUCCGGAGACACGCUGUCAAGUCUUCCGGCGCUGUGAGGCCAAUAACUAUAUGUUCUCCUAUAUUUGUCCCAACACCACCAUCUUCAACCAGAUCACACUGGUCUGUGAUUACUGGUACAAUGUCAACUGUCCCAAUUCACAGUCUUUCGUGGAUUAUUCCAAUCCCAGAAUUUACAUCCAAAAUGCGCGCUUAUUGGACGAUGUGAAUUACGGCGGCGGCUCCGGCAGCGGUGGCUCCAUCGGACCCGGCGGUCCCAUCAUUACCGGCGGUGGAGGUUCCGGCUCCGGUUUGGCGGGUGCCGCAUACACCGGCGGACAAAUCUCGGGUGGUGGCGGCAGUGGUGGCUCCAUCUACAACCAAAACAGUGGACUGACCGGCAGCGGUGCCGGCGCCUACACCGGCUCCUUCUCAGGCUCCCUCACCCAACCGCCGUCUCAAACCAACCUCCCGUACGGCACCAUGCCGCUCCAGCAAACCACCUACCCGUCGGCGAUCCAGUAUACUCAGUAUAACAGCGGUGGCGGUGCUCCUCAACAGCCCAUUGCCGGUUACAAUUCCCAACCUGGUCCCAACUACCAGAACAGCGCCCCGGUGCAACCGUCGUACCGCAGUCUGUCCAACCGUCUGCUCAAACUGCAGGCCGAUGCUUCUGACCGGAUACACGAUGUAGUGGCCGCUCACUCGCAAACGCCGUUGUCGUCGCCGCAGCAGACACCGGCAACACCCACUGUCGGCUCCACAACAACGGAGAAAUAAGCGACCGCGCUGACCUUUAUUGACUACAGUGAUAAAAAUGAUAAUACUUGUUCGUAAUGCUGCAGUAUUUGUUAUGCGACGUAUAUUAUAUUUAUGAAAUCGUGAAAAUGUUAUUAUGUUAGGAGAUUGAAUUCAAAUAA